AUGACCAACCUGAUCAAUGUGUCCUACAGCACUGUGUUGGUUGCAACAGAUGCUCGACUGAGCAUCAUUGCUCUUUCAGACCAAAUCAAAACAACUGGAGACACACCUGAGGCUUUGACCGACCUUUUGAAUCAGUUGGCUUCUCUUGAAACUGUUGUACAGCGCCUUUCACUCGCCUCUGGCUACUCCCCGGCCACGACCAGGGAUGACAUUGAAGCGCACGUUCAUUCACUACUACUGGACUGCGAAAAGACAUGCGACGAGUUUGAAAAGACUUUUCGCGCUUUUAUUGACCGCUCGUUGGGUGGAACAACUCGCAAAUUGAACCGUGAUCGCUUCGGUAUUUAUGGAGAAUUAGAGGUGCAAUUGCUGAGCAAACGGCUAGCCCGGUGGAAGGACGUUUUGUCGAGCAUCAUCGACCCUUUUCUAAUUCUUCCUCUGUAUCCGUCGGAGAACGUCAGCCAGGAGAGACAAGCCGAGCUCCUAGCCAGGGAGAAUGGCAUU